AGGGAGAGCGCACGAGAAAGCGUCUCGACUUUGCCCAGCUUUGUCCACGCGGCCCAGCACGUGCCCUUGAGCGGGGACCGGAGAUAUUUCCCUCAAAUUCCUGCCCUCCGUCCGUCUCUUCUCUUUCACGCCCCGCGCAACAUGCCAUCCUACGGCCUCCUUCACCCUCCGGCACCGGCAGAUGCACCGGCCGACCAUCGUGUCCCACCCGCCCAGGUCAAGACAUGCACGUCGUGCAACUGCGCUCUUGGCGGCGACCCCUCCUCCAUUCUCGCCGCUGCGCCCGGUGCAGACGCCCCCGUUUGUGGACGCUGCCGCGAGCAUGCACGCGACCCGCGCACGCAGCAGACGCAGCCCUCACAGCCGCAGGACUGCCGUCAGCUCCAUCACGUCGUCCCCGACAGCCCAGUCUUCCCCCCUGCGCAGCCGGUGGCGAUAGUGCAGCCCAAAUCUGAAUACGAGCAAGACAUCUACGAUGCCACCUCGUCCCCAGAUUGCGACCGCCAGCCCUUUCGGGUCGGCUUCCCUGCGUCGGGCUCCCUGGCGCAGGACGACCGUCAUGACGGUGCACAGGCCCCGCGCCACCAUCAGAAGUUCGCGCAGCUCAGGAUCAAACCCCCAACGCCGUCGCCGUCGCACGCCUCCCUGUCGCCCGAGAGCAGCUUCGCCAGUCCGCGCAGCCCGCUCGGCGCCCCCGCCCUGUCCGAUCCCCUUGUUGACAUCACGUACCUGCGAGUCCGACCGCAAGCCCAUCACUGCCUUUACCCAGGAGCGACGUUUACCGGCACCCAGAAGAGCGGUCGAAAUUCGUACGACGUCAACGUCACGAUCAUGGACGUUGACUUUGACGCCUCGUUCCUCUGUGGUUACCUCAGUAUCCGUGGUCUCACUGACGACUGGCCCGAGCUGACAACGUAUUUCGAUGCCGAAAUUGUUGGCAGCCGACAUGGGUUCCUCACGCGGAAGUGGAACGCUUCCGAACAGGACGAUAUGAUGCACUGGCAGCGGUUCCCGGCAUUCAAGGCGCUCAAGCACGAGUUGCAGAAGCCCAGCUACACCCUCCCCGACCGUGACCGCGGUGCGAUCUUCAUGCGCUGGAAGGAACGGUUCCUCGUCCCGGAUCACCGUGUGCAGGACAUCAAUGGUGCCAGCUUCGCAGGCUUCUACUACGUCUGCGUGGACUUCAACUCCUCGACGCACCGGUCUGCAGGGCACAUGCCUGAUAUGCCGGAAGACGUCAUGGAAGAGGAUGUUGACCCGUCCCUAAUGCCUUCUGGGAAACCAGAACCGCCGCCUAUGUCGCCGUCCAGUCCUCGCCGUCGUCGAGAAUCGAUGGGCGUGGGUGUGCGUCGCCGGUCGAGCAGUCGGCGACCGCCUCCUGCGCUCGCGGGACCUGGGACGGCGACGAUGAAUGGCUUCUACUACCACCAAAACUCGGAACCAUACCAGCAGUUAUCACUGUCGCAUGUCCCCCAGGUUGGCUCGUCGAGCUUCGAGUUCUGUUGAUGGGAUUGCUGCUGCUUUCUCUUGGGCGCUUGCCUGCUCGCACGUAGGGUUGGCAGAUGCCUCUCUUUGCGGUGACGGUGUGGAGCCGCGCCCAUAUACCUCUGUGUCGUACGCUUUCUCGUAGUGAAUCCUCCGGAUAUGUACUUACCUGCCCCACUCCCCCUGUACCUAUAUCUUGCAACGCAUCCAUAUCUUAACCCU